AAGCUCAAAGGACAAAAACGACUGUGAAGAUAAAGACCUUAAAAGAAUGAAGUCUGCGUUGCAGUUCUACUUGGAUGAAAUAGUAGAAGAAAUUGAUCCACUGAUUCUUAAAAGUUGGCUUGGAGCUAAAUCAUGGGAUGAAUUAAAGAUCAAUAAGCUAAGUAAAAUUGUUGGAAGGAGGGAAAGGGCUGAGAAAUUUUGUAUGUCCUUAAAAGAAACAGGGUCUGAUAUAGUUCAAGAUGUUUUACACGCAAUGAAAUUUUGUGGAUACGAGGAUAUAGCUGGUGAUAUCAUAAAUAUUGCCAGAGAAGGUCCCCUUUCCAAUCUAUAUAGGUGCCCAAAUGUUACGAAUCUGACACAAAACAAUGAACGUUGCGUCUAUAAUGAGACAUACAAAUUUAAAGAAUAUUUGGAUGAAGAAGAAGCUCCUAAUCUUGAAAUAGACGUUGAAAAAAGUAUGAUCACUUCAAUGAUUCCAAGAGACAAAAGGUUAGGACCCAUUCAGAGUCUUAAAGGCGUUACUGAAAGUGUCCUUUUAUCCGGAUCUGGACUGAUCAAAAGUACGAAGGAUUUUUUGGGGUCAUUACUGAAAACAGAGUCAGAUAAAUGUUCAUCAUCAAGUACCGAAGAAACAACAUCGAAUGAAGCAAAAGGAGCUGAAGGAGAAAAUAAGUUUGUGUCAUGGACGAAGGAGUUCUCAUGGCCCUUACCAACAAUCCAAUUAAAGAAAAGUAACAUUAAAGAACAGACAUUGAAAACAGUUGAUAAAUAGUAAAUCUCAAAAUUGCUUUUCCAAUUAAACUUUUUAUGUAAAUUAUGUAAAUUUAUGUAACACGGUCCGGGAGAAUUGUAAAGCCUAGUACUUGUUAUCCUAAUGAUACUUAUCAGAAAUAAACUGACUAAUGAUUAAAUAUCUGAUAAACGAUAAUUGUGUAAAUAAUUCGUAAUGAUUGCGUUCGAUUAUACUUAUAUAUGAACUAGCUAAAAUAAUUUCUAAAACAGAUUCAAUAAUAUUAUCAAUGUUUAACUUUAAAAACGUAUUAUUAAUGCUUAAUGUUUUGUUUUUUUUAAGAAAUACAAUCAAUUUCUUUAAGUAAAAGAAGGGAGAUGUAAUAUGAGACUGUUUAUAUAAAUGUAUGUUUGCGCAUGCUGAGAAAGAAGUACAGCAGUUCUUUUUUAGAGUUUAUCUCUAGUACUAAACUUGUAGUCAUAGAACACAUUUGUGUCUCAUAAGUUAUACGUUGUCUACUUGUGAUAUUCUCACAUACAAAACCACAUAAUAUUACAGCUAGGAUCUGCCAAUUGUAUAUGAAUGACACCAUGAUAUUUCAGUGGCUUUGAAAGUGGUCACUUUCUCCGCUUACGAAUCAAACACGGAGUUUUCCACUGAAAGCGUAAAUACAUAAUAUAAUAAUAAUUGAAUAAUUGUAUAUGUUAAGUAUCUAUAAUUUUAUGAGAGACUUUAAUCAAUACUAUUUGUAUACAAGAUAGGAUAUUGUUAUUCCUGACAACUUAUAACACCUAGACUAUGUCAAAAUGCAUUUACGUUUUCUUUAUUGAAUCGUUGGAAAUUUGCUAAAAAAAUGUUUUGCUUUGUAUUUCUUUACUGAUAUGUAUAUCCUGUUGUUUAUUUCAAAAUUAUUUGUAAUUAUUGAUUAUUUUCUGUCGAAAAUAUUAUACUGCUUAUGUUUUAAUAUUUUAUAUAGAUACUUCCAGGAUACGUGCUUUGUUGUUGUUAUUUGUAUAACAUGUUUAAGUAUAUUUUAAUUCCCAAAAUCGUUGAGUUUCAACUGGAUUGUAUGGCUAGGAUCUGCCGAUUGUAUAUGAAUGACGCCACUUUGAAAGCCGUCACUUUAUCCGCAUACGAAUCAAACACGGAGUGCAUUAUUCAAUCAUUUACCUGUAUUCUAAAAAAAUAUAUAUAUAUAAAUAAUAUUGAGCGAUUUAUCUUUAAAUGUCAGAUCCAAUUGGAUAUAAUCAAAUGCGAAAACUUAUAAACACGUAUUCUUUACUUUAAAAUGCAUCUUAUUUUAAUUAUCAUAUCUUAUUAUGUAAAAAUAAUCUAGUUGCUAAGGUAGCAUAUGUUCAGCGUGAUAUAAGAUAGGUAAUUUUAACAUUGUCUCUUGAAUUCCGGUUUUCAACAUACGGAAUUUACGAAGUGACGAUUUCAGCUUCAUGAAUUUUAACAUUUCCUUUACAGUUCAUUUUAAGGUUUUUUAUAUAUUGUUUAUUUUUUAAACUAUUACUUAAAUGCAGGAUAUAGGCAAUCUGUUUAAACAAUAAAUUUAAAAUAGCUAUCAUAAUAAAGUAUUCAGUAAAAUGUUUGAUCCUAUACAUGGCCUUGGCUUUUAGUGGUGCGUCAAAGAUAUGAUGUGGACUGUAUAAAGCUAUAUCUAAUGGAAUAUUUUUAUGAAAUUUAUAAACAGCAAUUUUACGGUCGAGUCUCGACACAGUUAUAACAUAUUAAAUCUCUGUAAUUAAACAUACAUGACUUCUUUUCGUAAACUGAAUAAGGGUUUUCCGCAGCAAA